GCAAAAGAAAGCAGCAUUCGCAAAAGUCUGGAGCUAUUGAUAAAAUCAAUUUGAACAUGCAACCCGCCGAGAAAACUAAGCAAAAGCUACUUCCUGAACGUGGUCAACCACUGGCCACGAUUGAAAACAAAAGUGCCAUUACCUGUGCUUUUUGCGAUAAAACCUUCAAAUUUCAAGCGACACUUCGACAGCACGAAAAAGUUCACUACGGUAUUAAGCAGCACGAAUGUGAGACAUGCCAUCGCCGAUUUUUGCACAAAAGCACCCUAAAGUGUCACCUUCGAGUGCACACGGGUGAAAAGCCGUACAAGUGCCCGCACUGUCCUAAAACAUUCCGUGGACAAACAGCACUAAACUGCCAUGUCUUUCGGCACACGAACGAGGGUGCUAAAUGCCCCCUUUGUGAGAAGGUAUUUGCCACGAGUUCGAUUGUGAAACAACAUCUAAAACAGGUGCAUACGAAUGAACGAUCGAACGUAUGCAAUCUAUGCGGUGCGACUUACAAACAUCUGAAGAGUUUAAGAAUACAUAUACGGAACCACCAGAAGCGGGUGUGUCCAGAGUGUGAUGUAGAAUUUAACAGUGUGUACGCUAUGUUAAAGCAUCGAAAGCAUUCACAUAUCAAAGAAAAUCUUCCAUUCAAAUGCGAACACUGUGAUCGAGCAUUUGAGCAUCGUUCCAAGCUUGCUUCGCACGAAAACCUGAGAGGGCGACCGUUUCAGUGUGAACUAUGUUGCCAUAGCUUCAACAAACAGGUCUACUUGACCAAUCACCAGCGUCGUAUCCAUUGGAGGGAAAUGGGUCUGGAGCGGUUAAGAGUGGCCGAACCUCAGAACGGGUGGAACCGAAAAGGCGUCCCAAAACCAAAACGUGCAAAGACAUCACCGAAAAGUGCUGAGACGGAAGAUCUUCACAGCGAUUAUGGUUUAGUUGAGGACGAAAAUGAAAAACAAAACGAUCCGGCAAUCAAGGAAGAACCGGUUACAGUAGUUAAAGAAGAAUUGGAUCAGUCUGUACGGGAAAGGACCGAUGGAUGUCAUAAAAAUGAAAUUCAACUAGAUCAAGCAUAUUUAGAUGUAAUGAUCAAACAAGAAGAUUUUGCGAAUGAAUCAGUACAUAAAAAUGAAGAUAAAUCGAACAACAUGGCUGAUGCGAACAAUUCAGCUGACCAACCUAUUAAAGUUUUAAAAGCUAGAUACAAUACAUAUGAUGAUUUUUGUUGUUCGUUGUGUGGAAUUCUUUGCGAUGGAGCAGCUGGUUUGCGGCAUCAUGAAUGUGAACCUGUCCCAAAGAAACAACUUAGUUCAAAGAAACCGUUAAUAUGUGAAGAAUGUGGAAAUGUGUAUGCAUCGUUCGCAACCCUUUCCGUUCAUCGUGUCAAACACCACCGCAGUGCCCGUUUUCAGUGUGAUCAGUGCUGCCGAUCCUUUGGCUUUCGUUGCUUCCUUGAGAAACAUAUACGAACGGAACAUGAGCAUGAGCGUAUGCCAUGUAAAUUGUGCGAUAAAACAUUUAAAUACGCUCAAGAUUUAAAAGUGCACAUGCAACAUCACGACGAUCCCAGACCGUUCAAGUGCGAUCAAUGUGCUUCUGUAUUUCGGUUUCCUGGUGCACUGAGGUCGCAUAAAUUUUUGCACCAAAUGAGGCUACCGUUCAUGUGUGAUACAUGCGGGAAGCAGUUUCGUUUUGCAAAUAGUCUACGUGUUCACAAACGACUGCAUACCGGUGUAAAGCAAUUUAAAUGUGAUAUUUGUAAAAGAGAAUUCUCGACCAAAGCUCCCCUGUUGCGACACAAGAAAAUACACGAUAGCGGCAGAGAGAUGGCAUGUGUGGUUUGCGGCAUGGUGUAUUACAAAAAGGUCGAUCUAGAAAUACAUCAAAGCAAAGAACAUCCCGAUCAUGCGUCCGUGGGCAAAGUGAAACCAAUCUAUAGCUGUGAGCGUUGUGGUAAAGAAUUCACCAAGAAAAGCAAUCUGAAAGCCCAUUCGUACACACACGAGGAAGUGUAUCGGUUUUCCUGUAAGUUGUGCAAUCAAUCCUUCAAACAACAUGCAGGAUUACGAAACCACACAGUCAAUAAUCACAAACCAGCAAAAGUGCCUACAUCGGCGGAACUGAUCGAUCGAAUCGAAAAUUUGCAGCCAAAUUGAAAUACGUACGCAACUGCUUCAAA